CGGUGACUUCGGAAUGUAAACUGCUACGGCCAGUUAACAAGAUUCGGUACAACUCUUUGCCUAGACAGGCAAGCUAUUUAUUGUUUGUCAGCAGCGUUAACGUUACCUCUGCAAUCAUUUACACACAAGACUUUCAGUGAAAUUGCGUAAUGGCUCAUUACCAGUACAUUUAUGAUCGCGUCUUCAUCAUAAGUGACAUCAGUAGCAAGUGCUAACUAGGCAGGCUAGCUAAUGUUAUCGUAUUUUCCUACUGUCUAUGGUAUUUUCUGCCACUGUGGCAAGGGACCAUUGAACGUGGCUAGGUGGGCGAUGUUAGCAAACAACCAGUUAAAGAGGAUGGGUUUCCGUGUUUGUGGACGGUAUCAUUUUUAAAAACGAUUAUACAUAUUUUGCACAUAUUUGGAUAGACACUGAUUUUGAAUGCUGUUUGCCUAAUUUAUCCAAAUAACGUCACAAGAUUGUUGACUCGGUUUUCCUCAUUGUGCUAACGAGAGCAAGUUGUGAUAACGUCAACGUUAGUUUGUCCAGGAAGCUAGGUUAACGAUAGCUAGCUAGCGCACGGUCCAGAGAUCAUAACAAGCCUGAAUUAAUUUGCUAGUUUACGUUGAUUGAUAUUGACUGCCCUGUUAAUGUGAUAUAUUCUGUUUACGCUACUUGUCAGGAUCAUUCCAGGGUCAUAUCGCUCUUUUAAUUUGAAUCGAUCGUUACAGUUCAGUUAAAAUUAUCCUAGCUGAACAGGUAACGUUAACAUUAGUAGAACUUUGGCACUGCUGUUUGGAUUAGCUUUGAUAACGUGGACAUUAAAUUAGUGCACGCAACAUGGAUGACUUCAGCUCAAUCAGCCUGCUAUCAUUGGCAAUGUUAGUGGGGUGCUAUGUUGCGGGAACCAUUCCUCUGGCUGUGAAUUUUUCUGAGGAAAAACUGAAGCUAGUGACAGUGCUGGGAGCAGGCCUGCUAUGUGGAACUGCACUCGCUGUCAUCAUCCCAGAGGGAGUGCACGCACUAUACGAAGAAGUCCUGGAGGCUGGGCAUCAUGGCCAUGGGGAACUGGAGUCAGGGGUGUCCGAGCCCAAGGUGGCAGUGGAACCAGUUGCAGGUACUCACAGUGAGCACGGGCAUGAACACCUCCAUGCCUACAUUGGAGUCUCCCUGGUCCUGGGCUUCGUCUUCAUGCUGCUGGUGGACCAGAUCGGCUCCGCGCACAUGCACAGCAGUGACGAUCCUGAAUCGGCGAGGGCAGCCAGCUCAAAGAUCACCACAACCCUGGGCCUUGUAGUCCAUGCUGCUGCCGAUGGGGUAGCUCUAGGUGCUGCUGCCUCCACAUCUCAGACCAGUGUUCAGCUCAUUGUGUUUGUGGCCAUCAUGCUACACAAGGCUCCGGCUGCGUUUGGCCUCGUCUCCUUCCUGAUGCACGCGGGCCUGGAGAGGAACCGCAUUCGGAAGCACCUGCUGGUGUUUGCCUUGGCAGCACCCGCCCUGGCCAUGCUCACGUUUCUGGGACUCAGCCAGAGCAGUAAGGAGGCCCUGUCAGACGUGAACGCCACUGGCGUCGCCAUGCUCUUCUCCGCCGGCACCUUCCUCUACGUGGCCACGGUGCACGUCCUGCCAGAGGUGGGUGGCACCGGGCACAGCCACGGGCCCAGCGCGGGCAACAACGGCAAGGGACUGAGCAAAGUGGAGGUGGGGGCUCUGGUGCUCGGGUGCCUCAUUCCCUUGGUGCUGUCCAUCGGGCAUCAGCACUAGUCGGGGCCGCCGGGAACGCCAGACAGUGGACGGACGGAUGGGUGGAUGGAUGGAUGGACGGAUGGAUGGAUGGAUGGACGGAUGGAUGGACGGAUGGAUGGACGGAUGGAUGGAUGGAUGGGUGGAUGGAUGGAUGGAUGUAAUGAUGUGGAGAGGAGGAGAAGAGAAAGACUGAGUUUUAGUGUUUCAGGCCAUACACACUUCUCAUGUUGCCAUUUCUGGGCCCCAUGGAUGGCUGAGGGGAUGUUCCUGGAAUCAGGUCACUUUGCCGGAACCGAGCGCAGGUGGCCGACAGCACGGGAAGGGUCAGGGGGAGACGGACUGGGCGGCCCGUCACGGUACAGACCCACCAGGAUGCCCACCAGGGUGCCCAGCAGAUACCGCGAUGUUGACCUUCGCCCCCGAAGAGCUCCUCCCUCCUGUGCAUGACGUGAACAUGCUAUGGGGUGGAAUGCUGACGUGUUCCAUGUCAUCUUUCUUUCUUAGGCCUUUUUUUCCCUGGGUGAGCGGGGCUUUGUAGUUGGACUUUGUGAAGAAUGUCACUGGGUAUUUGGAAAUGUUGCAUCAGAGAUAAGUCAACGGACUCGACAGUCAAGUGUUAAACGGAAGGGCAGUGAGCAAUCAAGGAGCCAACGUGGGUCUAAGUGUCACAUCAUGUUUGCAUUACUGAACUAUCUCACGUCUUGCUUUUAACAUUUUAAGCUUUUUCUUUUGCCUUGCACCUUCAUUUUAGUCACUGGAUCAAGCAUUGCAAAAUACAGAAGUGCAGGGAUCCCAGAGAAUGUGGUUGAUUUCACAGUAAUAAUUUGUCUAAACCUGGACAGAUUAUAUUGUCAAGGGCUGUUCACAUGGCCUGAAAGUCUUAAGCACUUCCAAUGCUGACUGUGAAGGUGCACUACCCCAUAUUGGAGACGUAUGUAGCAACCCGUCUGUUGAGAAAUUACACAACAGACACCACAUUUGGCACACAGAAUAGUUACAUAUGAUUGGUAAUUUCGUCAGCAUCUGUUAAGUACUGUGUCUUGACUCUUGAGUAUAAAAGAUUGGCCCAGAAACCCAACUUAAUAUUGUCAUAACGCGAAAUACAAUUUGAUUUGAACGUUUAAUGCAAAAUAAAACCAGUGUGCUAAUGGAAGAUGAGAGAUGCAAUGCUGAGAUUUCGCCUGGUGAUGCUCUCCAGGCAAACUGUCAUAUCUGUUGUCUGAUAAUACCCUCUCCGAAAGGCCUCUGUGCUUUCUUUGUAGAUCACUUUGGCAGAUAAGGUUGUUCUCAUUAAAGUUAAAUUUGGUCACAUUGAGUGGCUGACAUAUGAUGUGCUCAGCGUUCCCUGCACAGAAGUAGACUAGCAUAUAAACCAACCUACUGUUACUGUGAUCUGUGCAUAGAUGGACACUUCUCAGUGUGUUCUAUAUGGAUUCAGAGCCGCUACCCUUAUAUGACACAACAAUCAAACUAUAUCCACAAGUGACUGCCACUACCAACAGACUUGCACCCUGUCUCCCAUUGCUAACUUUGUUUUCCCUCAUCUGUCUUAAAGCUGCUGUGAGCUAUGUUAGCUGUUCUUGCUAACAUACUGUAGGCCAGACUUAGCCAGUCCAGGAUGCCAGAUCUCAAUACCAUGUGCUGAGCACUCUCAAAAUAAUCAGCAGGUAGAAAUACCCAUCCAGACAAGUUUUCCGGUUAUUUAACACAUUUCAUUGGUUUUGGUUCUUGCUCUCUUUUCUUUCCUUUUUUUUCUCUUUUCUCAGAGCAUCCAUUUUAAUGAUGACCAUCAUGUGAAGAUGGCUUGUAUGUUGUUUAAAAGUAUUCAUUGCAACAACGUUCAGGUGAACCAUUUAAUAUGUAUUUGUCAAGUGGAAGGUUGGCAGAGUUCUCCAUUGCUCACUGGCUGGGUUCUAUGUUCUAUGUGUCUGCUGCCCUCUGAGUACAGUGAGGGCGAAGCAGUUGUAUAUAUGUAAUAUCUUCUACUGUACAAACAAGCGUUGCGUUUUCUUCUCAAGACCGGCUGCUGGCCAUUGGAGACCAGUACCACUCGCUCUUAUUCUUAAUUGGUGAGGAAGAGAAAACAAAAUUAAGUGCUAGAUCUAAAUUGUAUGUCACAUUUUGUCAGUCACAGACGUAGCCAAUGUGUUACGGUUGAAUAGUGGUGUUGGCCACUUCUAAAUGGAGCUGACUGGGUAUCCACAAAGACACACAGAUAAUUUGGGCUUGUUUUUCAAAGGGUGUGCCUCCAUUAUCUGACAACGUAUUGGACACUGAUGUUGUAAAGGAUACUGAAUGGGUUAUGCCCUUAACACUGCAACCAUAUAUGUUUAGGAGUCGUCGAGUCCUCUGGACAGCCUUGGCUCUGUAGCUCCACCAUCUGGCCGUUGGAGGGAACAGCACGGCCACAUCUGUUGUGGCUGUAGAGGGAGGGAAAUACUCAGCCAUAUGUAUGGACUGGGGUCAUGAAACAACGUGAUGGGAUCUGAUAUCAGCUGGGUGCUUUGUGUAUACCAUACCUGUAGAUAAUCUAUAUUUUCAAAAGUUUUUUUUUUUUUUAAAGUGUGUUUUAAAGGGAAUCGCCCUCAUUUGGUGACUGAAUGAUGGUGGUGAGGAAUAGGUUUGGCUUUACUGUCAAGCCAACAACGUUAUGUGACCAUUCCACAGGGAGUCUGCCUUAUGUCCUUCUCUUGAUUGUGCAACUUCAGCUGAAAAACUAUGUGUUAAUGAUAAUGAAUAAAGUUUUUUAAGGUUC